AUGAAGGCAGACGCGGAAGAAGCUUUGUGUCAAACCCUGGCUCAUGUUUCCACCAAAAGUAACGCUGCAGGCAAUUUGGCAAAAUCUUUACUGAUUAUCAUUGACGUCCAUCUCAAUGUAAGACACAUGCAAGAUUUCUGGGCUUCUCUUCACAUUCAAGAAGAAAAAGCUAAAACUCGUAUAAAAGAAGCACUAUUGAUCGAGAAAAAGAAACAGAAAACUAUUCACGUGCAGUCAAACGUUAUCGAUGAGCACCUUCACGCAAGCGAUGAAUCAAAAAUCGAAUUUAUUAUGGAAGCUUCUAACUAUGAUGGAGUAGAUGAAACCGGAUACCGCACACCAGAACAACAAAUGACGCUGGAUGACGAAGAAAAAGAAAGCUCACGAUAUAGCCUUUCCCAAGACGCAUUCAUAGCCGACCACUAA